GGGAAAAACUCAUGGUGGUACUGAACGCUCAGAAGGAGGAGGAGGGGGUACUCAAUUUAGCUAUUAAUCGCAUCGUCGAGAUUUUGUGACCACAGACUGUACCUGAUAAGCAGCUGGUGGAGAACACCGGGCGUGCGGGGGGUUUAAAGUUGGAUGUAUUCGACCGCCGCGGUAUGGACGACAUGCAACGUUCGGCUUGAGAGACCAGCGCUGGAGUUUUCACCACUGUUCCUGCGAGCCCGAAAUUGUUUCCUACAUAUUCAAAUUUCUGGUUUCGUCUGGCAGUUUUCUUUUGCUUAGUGUUUACUUUUUUGUGCUACUCCGCUGAUCAACUGUUACUUUGAGAGGUGUACAGGCGCAGUGUCCUUUAACGUCUGACUGUUGCAUGUUUUCAGAGGUCGGCAAAAGCAAUAUCACUACUGACAAACUACAUUUAGCCUUUUAUGCACAAAGUUUGGAGAGUUAAAGGAGUUCGCUGUAGCAGAGUUUCGCUGCUAGUCCGUGAUUUACCUUUCAUUAUUUUUUUUAGCCCGCCUCGGACGCUAGAGGAGAAAGUUGGAAGUGGGGGACUUGUGUCAGAGAUGAAUGUUUCUGGGGCGGAAAACAUUUGGCUGCCCCAAAGUUGUCCGUGCUAGCAUCUUUAGUACAAGAGGACAAUUAAUGCGUUAUAACGAGCUUUCGUUUUUUUUCGUAGCCACAUUAAAGACACCAGGUUGUGGGCACCGGGAGAGAGCUCAGCAGCCGCGCUAUUAAAACUGGAUACAAAAUGGCGGCCUUCCUGGGACGAUUUGGAUAUCUGUCUCGGUGUAUUUUUUAUUUAAUUUUGUCGGUCGAAUUCUUUCAAAGUUACGGAUUGAGUUCAGACACACCAUGUGCCCAGAACUGUACCUGCAGUGGCGACUCAGUGGACUGUAGUAAUCUGGAGCUGACGGCGACGCCUUUGGACCUUCCAGUUCGGACUGUUUCCUUAAAUCUCGGCUACAACAAACUGACUUCCAUCAGUCCUGAAGCCUUUGCCAACCUUCCCAACUUGAGAGAGCUUCGGCUAGACCACAAUGAGCUGACCUCCAUACCAGAUUUAGGACAGGCUGCAUCCAAGAUUGUGUCCCUCUACCUACAUCAUAAUAAGAUUCGCAGUAUUGAUGGCAGGCGGACUGGGGAGCUGCUUUCUGUGGAAACCCUGGACCUGAGCAAUAAUGACAUUACUGAGCUGCGAGGACAGUGCUUCCCUGCAGGCCUCCAUAUCCGAGAUCUGUACCUCAGUAACAACAAGAUCAAUGUGUUGGAGCUUGGAGCUCUGGACCAUUUGGGCGAAACCCUACAGGUUCUAAGACUGAGCCGAAACCGCAUCAGCCAGAUCCCCGUGAAAGCCUUCCAGCUCCCGAGGCUCACCCAGCUUGAGCUGAACAGGAACCGUAUACGCCAAGUGGAGGGUCUAACCUUCCAGGGUUUAUCCAGCCUGGAGGUGCUCAAACUACAAAGGAACAGCAUCAGCAAACUGACUGACGGAGCCUUCUUUGACCUGGCUAAGAUGAAAGUCCUGCACCUGGACUACAACAGCCUGACAGAGGUGAACAGUGGCUCGCUUUACGGACUGACUUCCCUGCAGCAGCUGUUCCUCAGUAACAACUCCAUAGCACGCAUCAAUCCUGAUGGGUGGAAGUUCUGCCAGAAGCUAAGGGAGCUGAAUUUGUCUUACAACAACUUAACUCGUCUGGAUGAAGGGAGUCUGGCAGUGCUCGGGGAUCUCCACACCCUCCGGCUGGGCCACAACUCUAUCAGCCACAUCAACGAGGGAGCCUUCAGAGGCCUCAAGGCUUUACGCAUCCUGGAGCUGGACCAUAACGACAUCUCAGGCACAAUAGAGGACACCAACGGGGCCUUCUCUGGAUUGGACAGCCUCAUCAAGCUGACUCUGUUUGGAAACAAGAUCAAAUCCGUGGCCAAGAAGGCCUUCUCUGGCUUGGAUACCCUGGAACACCUGAACGUGGGGGAGAACGCUAUUCGCUCCAUUCAGCCCGACGCCUUCACUAAGAUGAGGAACCUCAAAAGCCUUCUCAUUCAAAGCAACAGCUUGCUGUGUGACUGCCAGCUCCACUGGUUGCCCGACUGGUUGGUGGCACGUGGUUUGCAGGUCGGUAUCAAUGCCACCUGCGCCCACCCGGAAAGUCUGAAGGGAAAGAGCGUCUUUGAGGUUCCGCCCAGCAGCUUUGUGUGUGACGACCUCCCCAAGCCUCAGAUCACCGUACAGCCGGAAACCACAAUGACAGUCCUCGGCAGUGACGUUCGUCUCACCUGUACAGCUGCCAGCAGCAGCUCCUCCCCCAUGACCUUUGCCUGGCGCAAGGACCAGGAGCUCCUUCGUAACGCUGAGAUGGAGAACUACGCCCACGUGCGUGCUCACCACCAGGCCGCGACACCAGAUCUGCCGGGAGGAGGAGGCGUGAUGGAGUACACUACGAUUCUCCACCUGCGCCGCGCCACUUUUGCCCACGAGGGUCGUUACCAGUGCAUCAUCACCAACCACUUUGGCUCCACCUACUCGAGCAAGGCCAGACUCAUCGUCAACGUUCUUCCAUCCUUCAUCAAGACUCCCAGGGACAGCACCAUCCGAACCGGCCACACUGCCAGGCUGGAGUGUGCUGCAGAGGGUCACCCGGCACCUCAGAUCGCCUGGCAGAAGGACGGCGGCACGGAUUUCCCCGCCGCCCGCGACCGCCGGAUGCACGUCAUGCCCGACGACGACGUCUUCUUCAUCACGGACGUCAAGCCGGUGGACAUGGGCGUGUACAGCUGCACUGCCAAAAACACAGCUGGCACCGUCUCUGCUAAUGCCACCCUCACCGUACUGGAAACGCCCCACCUGGCUCAGGACCUUGAGGACCGCAGCAUUACUGUCGGGGAGACGGUGGCGCUGCAGUGCAAAGCUCUCGGCAGCCCGCCCCCGCGCAUCACCUGGCUGCACAACGACCAACCGCUGCGCCCCUCCGACAGACACCACUUCACGCCGGGAAACCAGCUGCUUGUCAUCGGCUCCGCCUUGCUGAAGGACGCCGGGCGCUACACCUGCCUCAUGUCCAACACUCUGGGCACAGAGCGCGCCCACAGCCAGCUGGUGGUGACUGAGCGCAGGAACGCUUGCGCCACACCGACAGGUCCGAGCACCGUUACUAUAGGGAUCAUCGUCAUCGCUGUGGUUACGAGUAUUGUGGUGACAUCGCUGGUGUGGGUGUGUAUCAUCUAUCAGACGAGGAAGAAGAGCGAAGAGUGCAGCGUGACCAACACAGAUGAGACGAUCGUUCACCCAGAUGUAUCCAGCUACCUCUCCUCCCAGGGGACUCUGUCCGAGCGGCAGGACAUGUGCAUCCGUGUGGAGACCGGCGGUGGCCCUCAGCCCAACGGACACGUUGUAGACACCACAGGUUUCGACAGCACAGUGCUGUGCACAGAUUGUAUGGAGAAUGGCAACAGCUACUCCAAAGAUCCCGACUACCUGGCACACGGGUUUGGUCCUGCUGCAGGCAUGGAGUACCAACAGCAGCUUAUUCCACCACCCUACUCUUACUGUUACCCCGGGGAGCAGCACGACACUGGGUCACACACAACCCCACUCUGCAAUGGGACCCCCAGCAGGAUCCGAAAGAACUCUGAAGGAUCAGUGUUUCCAAAAAACCAUAAUACAACACUGAACCAACACGAUAGAAAAGCAGUGAGCAAAGCGGGACAGACCAAGACAUCGCAGGAAGACUCCUUCCACAAGCCGGUGAAGCUGGCCAGCGUGACGAGCCACGGACACAUCGACACGGACUGCGAGCCUGAGCUCAGGCAGACUCUGCUGUCCAAUGGACACGCCCUCAGAGCCUCUCAGAAUGAGAGCGCCUCUCUAAGGAGAGCCAGUGACUAGCAGCCCCAAAAAUGUGGACCGAUAUAUACAAUAAUUUUUUUUCUUGCACUGGGAAAUAACCUGCUACCUCAUAUCGAGGCAAACGGUCCCGAGCCUCCUGCAUCUGAACUGACGGAGGAGAGGAGGGGGGAGGGGCAUCCGGAGUUUGAAGGCGGAGCUUGUGUGGGGGGCGUCCCAUCUGAGCGUAUCAGCUGUACAUAGUUAAAAACCUUCCUUUGGGAGGUGGCCGCUAAAAAAAAAUAAAAAUAAAAAUUUUAGCUGCAAAAAAGAGAAAAAAAAAAAGAAAAAAAUGUGACUUGCAUUUGAAGCAUGUAAAUGUAGGGAAUCUUGUACAAUAUGUAUGUGCAGGGGGACUAAAAAGAGAAAUAUGCCUUUUGGACUUUUUUUUUUGACUGUACAUAAGAGUUUUCUUAUAUAUUAUAUAACUUUUACAAAAAAGAGUGUUUAAAUAUAUGUGCAUGGCAAAGAAAGGAGUGAUGGUAUUUUUAUUUUUCUUACAACAAGAAAAAAAACAGCCUUUUUUCAGCUUUUACCAACAUUCAGCUGCAGUGCCUUAUUGCAUGAUCAAAGAAAACUCAAGUUGUAAUAGCAUAUAUCCAGAGACUGUUUCUGUGAGAGAUCCUGGUACACUUUUUAUCGCAAACAAAACACUUGAUCGCACUUGAAUGUUUUACACUUUUUUUUUUUUUU